GGUCUCGCGGUGGACUCUCUAGGCCCGCGGCGGCUCGAUGGUGACGGUGGCCUAGGUGGCUGCGGAUCUGAACGGUGGCGGGAGCUGUUUGCCGGGCUGGCUAGCGUUUGGGACCUUCAGGGUGUUCUUCUUGGGGCUGGACUGGCAGGGGCUUUGAGGGGUCGGACGUCACCCACAGCCUGGCGCCCGGGGAUCCCCUUAGUGGCCGCUGUGCGGCGAGCAGGCCGCAGUCGCGUUCUCCGGCAGGCCAGGUUUUCAGACAUCUUCCGGCAGAGGAGCAUCCUUCUCUCGAAGCCGGCGGGACCGUGGACCAUCCAUGCCUCUCCUAACCCAGUACAACGAGGAGGAGUACGAACAGUACUGCUUAGUGGCCAGCCUUGACAACGUUAGGAAUCUCUCCACUGUCUUGAAAGCCAUUCAUUUCAAAGAACACGCCACGUGUUUUGCUACCAAAAACGGAAUCAAGGUUACAGUGGAGAAUGCAAAGUGUGUCCAAGCAAAUGCCUUUAUUCAGGCUGACGUGUUUCAGGAAUUUGUCAUUCAGGAAGAAUCUGUUACUUUUCGAAUUAACUUAACUAUCCUUUUAGACUGUUUAUCUAUUUUUGGAUCAAAUCCUACACCAGGGACUAUAACUGCACUUCGGAUGUGUUACCAAGGUUAUGGUCACCCACUGAUGCUAUUUCUAGAAGAAGGAGGAGUGGUGACAGUCUGCAAAAUUACCACUCAGGAGCCUGAGGAGACACUGGAUUUUGAUUUCUGCAGCACCAAUGUUAUGAAUAAAAUUAUCCUGCAGUCAGAGGGGCUCCGGGAAGCCUUUUCUGAGUUGGACAUGACAGGUGAUGUCCUACAGAUCACCGUGUCUCCUGACAAGCCCUAUUUCAGGUUGUCUACUUUUGGAAAUGCAGGAAACUCCCAUCUUGACUAUCCCAAAGAUUCUGACUUGGUGGAAGCGUUUCACUGUAAUAAGACCCAGGUCAACAGAUACAAGCUGUCUCUACUGAAGCCCUCUACAAAGGCACUAGCUUUAUCCUGUAAAGUGUCUAUCCGGACAGAUAAUCGAGGGUUCCUCUCCUUACAGUACAUGAUUAGAAAUGAAGAUGGGCAAAUAUGUUUUGUGGAAUAUUACUGCUGCCCGGAUGAAGAAGUCCCUGAAUCCUAAAUAAUUCACUGAAUAUUUGUGUCUUUUUUUUUUUUUUUUUCCAAGACAGGGUUUCUCUGUGUAACCUUGGCUGUCCUGGAACUCACUCUGUAGACCAGGCUGUCCUGGAACUCAGAAAUCCACCCGCCUCUGCCUCCCAAGUGCUGGGAUUAAAGGCGUGUGCCACCACCGCCCGGCUGAAUAUUUGUGUCUUUAUAGUUGGAGUUCUCACUCUGACUCUCUAACCUUGAUGAUUUCAUUUUGGACUGUAUAGAGAGAUGCAUGGAGAAAAUAGGAGCAAGGUCCCAUUCUGUAAAUAGUUUUUAUUUUGUCAAUAAACUUUUCAUAUACCCAUAAA